GAGAGAGGAAGAGGAGGAGGAUGAGGAGGAGGAGUUGGGGAGCCAGCGGUGAUUCUCAGCCUGGUAGGGAGCACGUCGAACGGGACUGGCAGCUGAGAGAACGGGAGGCUCAUUGUUCUUCGUGUUCCUGGGAUUUAUUGUAAAAAAAAAGACCAAAUCAACUAAAAAAACAUCCAUCUAGUUUUUACACAGAGGUGGAUUUGACUGGUCUCGCCCGGGCAGAAUGUGUACCCCGUGCUGUGUCUCGCAGCUGGCUUGCUGCUGCGGCUCAGCGGCCUGCUCGUGUUGCUGUAACUGCUGCCCGAAGAUCAAACAGUCCACAGGAACCAGAGUCAUGUAUUCUAUAUUUUUCUUGCUUGUCACCAUCAUCUGUGCUGUCAUGAUGUCCCCCACCGUGGAGCAGGCGAUGAAAGACAAUAUCCCCUUCUACAGCGAGCUGUGUGAGAAAAUGAAUGCAGGUGAAAACUGCAAAACUCUGGUUGGAUACUCUGCUGUCUACAAGAUGUGCUUCGGAAUGGCCUGCUUCUUUCUUUUUCUCUCCAUCUUCACCUUAAGGAUCAACAACAGCACCGGCUGCAGGGCAGCCAUACACAACGGUUUCUGGCUGCUGAAGUUUUUUCUUCUGGCUGGUUGCUGCACUGGAGCUUUUUUUCUUCCACAAGAGGAAACGUUCUUGGAAGUCUGGCGCAUCAUUGGAGCCAUCGGUGGAUUCAUUUUCCUGAUUAUCCAGCUCAUGCUGUUGGUGGAGUUUGCACACAGAUGGAACACAAACUGGAGUUCAGGGGUGGAGUAUAACCGCCUCUGGUACGCGGCGUUGGCCUUGGUGACUCUGGUUCUGUUCAGUAUUGCAGUGGGAGCUGUGGUUUUUAUGGGUGUGUACUACACACACCCGGAGGCCUGUUUGCUCAACAAGAUUUUCCUGGGUAUCAAUGGCAGCCUCUGCCUUAUCGUCUCCCUGCUUGCCAUCUCCCCCUUCAUCCAGAAAUUGCAGCCCAAGUCAGGUCUGUUGCAGCCUGGAGUCAUCAGCGUGUAUGUCAUGUACCUCACCUUCUCUUCCUUCUCCAGCAAACCAAAAGAAAUCAUCGAGAUAGACGGUGUGAACAAAACCGUAUGUGUGUUCCCUUUCAACUCUGGGUACGAAAGUGACAAGAAGAUCGUCACUGCGAUCGGAGCCAUCAUCCUGUGUGCCUGCAUUGUUUACUCCUGCUUGACAUCCACCACCAAGCGAAGCGCAGCAGCGCUCAGAGUGUGCCGAAACAGUGAGCCAGAGACUGAGAGAGCUCGCUGCUGUUUCUGCUUCGGAGACGACACAGAGGACUACGAUGAUGAGAAAACUGGCUCAGGUCAGAAUGUGUUGUAUGAUGAGCGUGAAGGAACCAUCUACACUUAUUCCUACUUCCAUUUCGUCUUCUUCCUGGGCUCGCUUUACGUCAUGAUGACCGUCACCAACUGGUUUCAUUACGACGGCCAUAAGAUUGAGAAGCUGUUGGACGGCAGCUGGUCGGGGUUCUGGAUCAAGAUGGCCUCCUGCUGGGUCUGCCUCUUCCUCUACAUGGUGACCCUCAUCGCUCCGAUGAUCUGCCCAAAGCGCUUUGAGGCCUAAUUCUGACGGCUAUACUGGGCCACGGGACCACCGUACCCCCCCCCCCCCCCCCCCCCCCCCACCACCACCACCACCUUUAAACACAACCCUACACUACCCUCAAGAGUAAAAGAAUAAAGUAAAGGAUUAUCUUUUCCUUUAGCUUUAUAUGUUACAGUCUUUGUUUUACAAUGGUAAGCUACCUUGAAGGUAUUUUUUGAUUGUUUUACUACCACUGACUGGAUAUAUGACCUUGAAUAAAGAACUGUAGGAGUUCAGUUACAGUCAGAAGCUUCUGACUCCAUUUUUUUAUUCUAAUUUUUCCUGUAUUUCAGUUCUGUGAAGUCAAACCAGAAAGCUGUAGCAAGUAUUUGAGCCAAACUGAGUUUUGGGACAAAUUUAUUUCAAGAGACUUCACUGAAGUCAUAUUUAUUUAAUUAUAAAUGGAAGGAGUGUGGUGUAAUUCGAAUUAGAUUUGGCUCUAGCUUUGUUUAAAAGAAACUCUCAGGCUUGUGUUUAUUCUCUGUGUUAAUAAUUUGAUAUGUUUUGUAGAUUUCCUAUGCAACAGAAUAAGAGGGUCUUAAUGUUAGACACCGGCUGUUGUGACUUUUCUUUUUAGGUAACAAAAGUAAAGUUUUAUUAUUGUCCGUGCUCCCUUUGAGCCUGAUCUUUUCUUAGGAAGUCCACAUCAUUCAUACAUUUUUAGUCAUUGGUGCCCAGGGCAGAUGUUUUUAAAUCAUCCUGCCUUUUGAGACUGACUUCAGUGAAGUUCCACCUCUCUGGAAGAGCUCCACCAACUCAUUUGCCAAAGGUAGACAACAGAAACAGGAAGUGAUAAGACUCGUCUGUUACAGAGAAACUUACAAUUCAGAAUGGGAUGUAUUUACUUGCAUUUACACGUGAUUAAACGAACCCCUUGUUCUGUAUUAAUAAAAAAUGCUUUGGAUUUUUUGUUACUUGUGUCUGCUGGUUAAAAUAACUCAGCUUGGCAAAUUUUUAGGUGAUAUAUUCAACACUGGAUGUUGAGUUUACUGCCAUAUCAUGAUCUCCAUCUAUAUUUGUGUAGUAUACAACUUUAUGUACAAGCAGGUUCAUUUUAAUUUCUUGUGCCUCCUAAUUAUUUGUAUUUCUAACAGUUCCUAACUGUUCCAGUAACGUGUGUAUGUUUUGGCUGCAGCCUUACAACCUGUGGAUAUUUUAGUUUUUUUUUUUUUUUUUUGCUUUAAACCUGUUCAAUGUGUCAUCUCAUGUCUGCAUUUAAAAAAAAUGAAUGUAGAAAUUUAAAGGUGCUUUUGAACUUAAAAAGUGUAAACAAUAUAUACUAAGCUACUGUAGAAGCAGAAAGCAAAACGAUCCAUGUUGAGUUUGACCAAAUGUUAUGUCUGAAAUACAAAGAUGAAGGUGACGUGACUCAUUCUUUCAAUAAAACAUCCCAGAAACACA